AUGGCUCCCUCGAGCGCCGGCGUUUUGGCCGCUCUCAAGAGGGCCCGCGAGGAGAAGGUCAAGGAGUUCAACGCCCUCAUAUCUGUCGCUGAAAAGUUACUGCGCACCAUUGAGGACGUCGAAAGAAAUCUCAGCGGCACCCUGGAGAAGAAAGGCAGCCCCGCCCCCACCCCGGCGCGAUAUGAAGCGGUCUCGGAGGGGCCUAGCCGUCGCGCCUUCCUCCGUAUCGAUAGGAACCACCCGGACUGGCGCAAUGCCACACCGGCAGGCAUCAUCACCCUUCUAGUUGAGAAGCUAGGCUUCCCCAGAAAAGACAUCGUCAAGGUUUACCCAGUCAACUCUGGCUUCGCGAUCGAGGUCUCUCGCCCCGAACUCCGCUCCUCCUUAGCAGCACAACCAAAGGAGCACGACUACCGGAUUGACCCGGAGACGGUCACGUUUGCUUACCUAGUCAAGAAUGUCCCCGAGUACAUCCUGGCACACGACGGCUCCUGUAGACACACCGACCCUCUGAUCAGAGAGGAGGUCGCUGCAGUCACCAAGGAGAGGGAGUUCAAUAUUCAUGCGGUUAAUACCCCUAGAGCUUACCUGGUCGUCCUCACCAGGAAGAUUACGCCGUUCAGGAUUUUCGACUCGGAUCCAUCGAUUCUCCUGAAACGAAAGGUUAGGAUCUACACAUGCGAACGAUGUUUCGGCUUCCACCACAAGGACAAGUGCCGCUCAGCCCCGAGAUGCGGGGAGUGCGGCGCCCCGGCACACAACCACAACCAGCACUUCCCCCUACCUCAGUGCCCGAAUUGCUUGGGCCCAGCGAAGCCAGGUCACUCAGACUGCCCGACCAAGCCGAAGGUUUGGCAAGGCAGGCUCAUGAAACUAACCGAGUCCCAGAGGAAGGCUGUUAGGAAGGCCGGCCAGGCCGCAUACCGGGCUGCCAGACAGCAACCUAUCCCCGCCCCCGCCUUCACAGAACGCCCGCAAUCAGGGAGUGCCCCAGAGUCCCAGAGUCCCACCCCUACUCUUGCCGCCGCCUCUCUUCCCCGGGCCCACACCGAGCCCCCCCAGCAGCCCGCCCGCCCGAUCCUCCAGCCGGCGCUUGGUGCGGCGCAAGGCCGGGGCACUAACAUCCCGAGAGAGGAGGUCCGAGACCGGCUCCGCAAGGCCGUCUCACUGGCCACCUCCAGAUGGCCCGCCAAGGUGGUAAUCAUGGAAACCUCCGAGAUCCUAAGCAAGAAGUGCUGCGACUUCUCCCAGCUUGUCAAUUUCCUAAGCUCCGGGUCCCGCCUGUGGGAGAACCGCACGGCCUCGGCACCUUGCUCCUGGAUGCCUUCUGGAGCAGUGAGACUGCGCGCUUCCUCCUCGAGGAGCGGGCAUCACUACGAGAGGAGAUGGAGGCAGAGCCCGCCAGAAAGACCAGGGCCCCGCCCUGCCGCCUAUGCGGAGCCCGAGCAGGAGGAACAUAUUGAGGACUGCAUUGUCGUCAGAACCAGCCUAGACUCCGGAGAUGAGUCGGACCUAGUCACCAGGGCCGCGAUCUACGUUGACCGGCGGCUCCUGGCCUCGGCCCCAACAGCUCCCGAGCACGGGACGUGGAUCGCCACGAGGAGACUGCACAUCCUCAACCCGGAAGGCCCUACACAUCGCGGAGGCGGAGUCAUUGACCUCGCCUUUGGCCCGGCCCGAGCCUUCGCAGAGUUCGCCCACUGGGCCUCCGAUCACCGCGCGCUGGUCGUUUCGAUCCCCAGCCGUUCCCCAGGCCGCCUGCCCCCACCCAAACGUCUCCCUGAGGCCCGUUUCGAAGAGGCAGCCCCUCUACUGAAGUCUCUCCUCCCCCCAGCUCCGGUUACCUUUGACUCCCGGGAGGAGCUCGAGCAGUUCGCAUGGGAUGUGUUCGAUACCCUUGCCGGGGGGCCCAAGAGGGUCCUCGCCCGGUUUGGCUCGGUCCUCGUCUUCCCCCCUGAGUGGGCAGCGAGGCUCGCCGACCCGCCCAGCGACGACGAGCUCAAGAACGCCUUCCUCGGAGCCACACCAAACACACCCGGCCUCGAUGGAGUGCCCCUGGCCUUUCUCAGACAUACUUGGGAGCUCGUGCGCCCAGCUGCCCGGGCCAUCGCCGAGGGCUGCAUAAAAUGGGGAGCUUUCCCCAAGGCCUUUAAACAAGCAACAGUGGUCACCCUUUCAAAACCCGGGAGGGAUCCCUGA